AUGGUUCAUCCUGGACUGUAUCUCGCGCCUGUGCUGCUCGGUCUACGUUCGGCGUUGAAGGAGGAUUUAGGCGCCUCGGCUGCUCAACUCGUAUACGGCGAGGCCGUGCGACUACCAGGCGAAUUCUUCUCCACCCCUGGCCCGCUCACACCAUCAGAACUUCUAGUACGCCUGCGGAGCAACUUGGAGGAAUUUUGUCCUGUGCCUGCCUCUAGCCACGCUAAACCUUCCUUAUUCGUGCACCCAGCUUUGCAAACAUCGAGUCACGUUAUGCUCCGGGUUGAUGCCUACAGGAAGCCGCUGACUCCCCACUACACUGGACCACACAAAGUCUUGGAACGAGGUGAGAAAACCUUCCAAAUUGAGAUUAAAGGGCGCCGCACCUCUUUAUCUAUUGAUCGCCUGAAGCCGGCGUACGCCGAGUCGGAGAACGUGCCCGACCGACCAGCUGAGCCGGUGACAGUCGAUGUGCCUUUACCCCCUGUAGUGCAAGUUGCCCCUCAACCAGCAGCCCCCAAUCCACCUGCAGCACCCCCAAAUUCACCACCAGCACCCCCACCCCAACAGCAAACCCCACAGUGCGCCAAAACCCUGCUAACUCCAACUCCGAACUACAAAGUGCAUCGACUCCGGCCGGUACGACUACUCGAUCUGGCCCAAGAUCUCCAAAUGGGGGCCCCUGUAGUGUACCGCGCCCCUUCGCGCGUGUUCUAG